CUACAUGACGUGUACACAUCGCUUGGUGACGGAGUCGACACCUUGCAAGUACACUAUUGUGUCAUAUCCCAAAACGUAGACGAAGGACCGAAGAACAAGUGCACCAAGAAAAGCAGGAUGUUGAGUGGUUCAUUCUUCGAUAAUGAUCCUUUUUUUGCUGACCAUCGGCAGCACAUGAACACAAUGUUCCGUGACUUCGGAUUCCCAUCGGGUGGUCUGUUAGGCAUCACCGAUGGUCACCGGCAGCAACGCCAUCAGCAGCCAUUUAACCAGUUGGCACCAACCAGCAUGUUUGACUUCGGAUUUAGCAACAUGUUCCAAAAUAUGCGGCGCAUGAUGGAUGACAUGCACAAUACUUUUGAGGCUGCCAACAAAACCCCAAAUGGUCAUGUGUACACCCAGUCUUCUUUCAUGUCUUACUCCAAUGUUGAUGGCACUCCUAAAGUUUACCAAGCUUCAUCAUCCACUACUCAAGCACCAGGAGGGAUAAAGGAGACUCGUAAAGUUGUCAGAGAUUCAGAAUCUGGUGUGGAGAAGAUGGCUGUUGGGCAUCAUAUUGGUGAGAGAGGGCAUGUAGUAGAGCGCCGACGCAAUCGCCGAACUGGGGAUCAUGAGGAAAAUCAAGAGUACAUUAAUCUCGAUGAAGAAGAAGGACAGCAUUUUGACCGUGAAUGGCAGGAACGAUCAAAACAAACCAUGCGAGGUUUAGAGUACAGGCGGAGAAGAGAGCGGUCAGAUCGUGGACGUCAGCUUAGCUUGCCAGCACCCAGCACAAAGCGCAGCUACCGUGAACGUGAAUGAACAUGUCUGUCAGAAGGAGUAUCCCAGUUUGGAUUAGUUUGGAUGACUAGUUACCAACAGACGUGUACACUUGUGCCAAUCAACUCUUGAAGAUUUCGUCUUAUUAAGUGUUUUAAUUAAAAAAAAAAGCCCACAGAUCCUAACUCCUGGGUAUGAUCUGAUGCAAUGAAGGAUAAAUGCUGACUGCAGAAGUGCUCAAACCCCAUUUCAUUUGUUGCUGAGUGGAUGUAAACCUAAAAAUGUGGCUGGAAAACAAUCACCGGAACAUUAUAGACAGAACUUUGUUGAAUUCAUUUAGUUGAUAUUGCAAGGACGAACUCAUGGUGAUAGUACUAUUGCAAAGCUGAUAAAAAAGAAAGUGGGUAAAAGGCAGCUUUUUUCUAUCCAUUGUUGCAUAGUCAAACGUGGAAUUUUUUUAAAACACAUUCUCUAUUUUAAGGCCUAAAAGGAGGAGGUGAAGGAAGGGAUGCCUUAUUUCUUGCAAGCAUGAAUCUGGUAUUACCUCUAAUGAGAAUUUCUUACCUGUAUAAGGCAUAUUACCAUCUGUAAUCAUAUUUCAGUAUUAUAGGUUCACUAUUGCUUUAAAAUAGAAAUAAUUUCACUGCACAAAGUUUCCAUUUCCAGGAUUUUAUAAGUUUUUGGAGUGUAUUCAAUGGAGUAACUAUGCACCAAUUGAAAAUAAACCUGCUCAUCUCUGCACCCUAAUUUCAUUUAUAGAUCAGAACUGAUAUUUUAUACACAUAGAUUAUAUUAACUGUCUCUAUGGGUAUUUUAAAAUGCCUCUUUUUCUAUUGUACAAUUUUAAAAAGAACUUAGAUGUUCAAUAAGUAUUUAGAUCAUAUGUCAUAUGUGCAGCUGUCAAUAAAGGUUAAGAUUAAAAAAAAAAGUUUUUGUAAUCAGAAGUCUACAGUCAACAACUAAAAAUUAAAUUAAGAUUAAAGUAGAUUAUCUACCUCUCUUUCAUCCACCAGUUCCUAGUUUUGAUAGCUAGUUAUGCUAGGAGUCGAGUAAGGUUAUAAACGUUUCUCAAACUAAAGCUGACAUGUAAACCAUUCAGCAACUGAACAAAUCCAGAUGUUGGGAAACUGUUGAAGUAUUUGCAAGAUUACAUGAAAUCUUGACUUUUGUGCAUGAUAGAUUCUUUAGCUUAUGUGAAUUCCAUAAGAGUACUUGAGAUCAUUACAUGGAUGUGAACUGUCCCUGGAUGUUAUGCUGUAUGCAGUUUCAUGUAAUGUUCAAGAAUAUUUAUGCUAAAGCUGCUUACCAACUUGGAGGCAGAUUUCGGAGUUUUAAUAGGGUUAACUCUUGAGUUUCUUGCUCAUUUGCCAAGGAGAGGUUUUCGACUACAUGUGUUUGAGCAAACUGUAGAGAGUUAACACAGAGAAAAUAUUAAGAUAUCACCCUUAUUAAUUUUGAAAACUUUAUUGUCAUUUAAUUUACUGUUAAGUAAAGUCCGCACAUUGCAGCACUGACACCAUUUCCAGCAAGUUAAAACAUGCUAAUGUGUGCUGGCCAUGAUGUAACUGCAUUCAGUUUUAUGUGGCAGUUUUCCUUUCAUAUUAAUAGUGUUUAAAAAGAUUUUUUCAAUACUCGUUAUCAGUCACUUUAAGCACAAAAUUGACUCCCAACCAUAUAUUUUUAAGAAUAACCUGUUCCCCUUCCCCCCUCCUACAAAAAGAAAAUUUCAUGACAAUAUAAAUUCCCAGUAGUUAAGACUCCACUGACUCGCUGCCUCCAAGGUAUCUGUGUAAUAGAGGCUGCAAUAGCUAUGGCAGAAAAUGACAUUGCAUUAUGUCCAUUAUAUUAGACGUCCAGGUUUAGAGUGCUAUUAUUCCUUUGGUUUUUUUUUUACCUGUUCCAUCACAUGCAGGUAUAUGAGCUAAGAGUAACAAUAAGUGAAUGGCGCCUUUUUUACAGCAACCCAACGGUUAAUGUACCUGCAGAGUAGGCAAUUUAGUUUUGGCUGUAACAGCUGAGCAACAUGCUUUUUUCCUCUGUAUUUUCAAAUGAUGAGCUCUGUAAUUAGCAGUGUUGUGCAGUUAAAUUUUGUCAAUAGGUUUAGUUUGCAUAAAUUGGGCUUUUACUAACGGAGAUAUUUGUUCAGGGAAGGGAUAAACAUUCCCGGAACAUCGGCAUGGUAUCCAUGCAGGGAUAAGUAUUUUCUGACAUUCCAUGAUACUGCUGUUGUUAAAACUGCAUCCAGUUGAUGCAAGCUAGCAAAUUAAGCUAACAAGCAAGUAAAGCAUAGGAAAAAUUUGCAUGCUCUGUAAAACAUUUUUCCUGUAAGACUUCAUGGACUAUUUUAUGUAAUUUUAGAGUAAAAAUAUUUUAUUGGAACAGUAAACACCAGGCACUAAAGCUCGAUUUUGCCUGAAUCUCGGAUUUUUAUUUUGGGAAAUCUUAGAAGCUUGAGUAUUAUAGAAUCUGUGUCUACUGGCGAAGGAGGGAUUGCUUGCCCACAGUUCAUGCUUUACCGGUCUGAACGACAUGCAGCCAUUCCAUGCUUACAGCAGAUAAUUGAGUCCUUGACAAAUUUAUUUUUCUAUUUAAUGGUGUAAAUCUAAACCUUUAAAGUCUUGAUAAUUAUGAAAUUUUAGACUUGCCAACAUCACAAGUGAAGUAGGGAAUAAUGGUUGCAAGAAAUGAAACCAUUGUUGAUGUGAAAAGAAACUUUUUAUUGGAAAUGCUGUUUUAAGUGUCUGUAAAGACCAAAAACAAAAACAAAAAAAAAGUCUGUAGUAUCUUUCAUUCAAUAAACUACAGAAAUUAAUUCUGAGCUCUUCGAAGUAAUUUUAGAUCAUGUGUAGCAGAGUUCAUUCUUCAUUUGAAAAGAUAUAUUUUGUUGUUGCUUUUGUUAAAACCUCAUUUCAGCAUAUGUUGAAAUUAAAAGGUGUAUGUAAUUAAGACAUUUUGCCACAGUAGAAUCUUUUAGUUCUGUUUCACAGGUGAUUAGAAAUGUGCAGCAAAUUUUACUUUUUCUUUUUAGAUUUAGUUUGUAGUAAUGGAUGUAGUGUUGCAUUUCAGUUAGAAUGCUUAGCAAUUGUCAUGUUUGUAUGUGUAGCUUUUUAUGUAUAUAUGCAGUAUCCCCAUUUUGACAUUGGGCUUGAUUUGGAAUUUGAGUUUUGAGUAUCCCAUUAAAACGUUGCUCACAAAUGAA